UCUGUAAGUGUUUGAAAUUGCUUGGUUACUGCAAAUAGUAUAUAAUGGUCAUAUUUCUUUUUAGGCUCACAUCGACUCAUGUGAGUACACCGUGAUAAUAUGUGUUCAUACUGCAUGUAAAGCUAAAAUCAAACGUUCACUCUUGGGAGAACAUUUAAAGGAAGAAUGUCUAUAUCGAUCAGUCCAGUGUGAAAAUUGUCAAGAAACGCUGCCUUUUGCUUCUCUAGAGGUAUGUUCGUACAAGUGAAGCUAUUUGGGGGAUUAGAAAUAUGAAACAAUACAGUUCCUUCAGCCUUUUUAACGCCUUUUAUAUUAUCAUUUAACUUUGCUGGUUUAAUGUAACGCCAGACUAUUGUACUCUGAUAUUAUCAAAUACGAUUCCAGGUAUGUUAGCACGCUGAUCCUUACAUAAGCUUGCUAAUAUACCGUAUAGAUCGAGAAAAGGGCUUGUUACCAACCUCGUUCCCAGGGCCUCUAGAAAGAUCCUGGGUACGAGGUUGGCUUGUUACUUGAUGGGUAUCUAUAUUCUGACUUGAUUUGUUUGAAAACAUAUAAGUAGAGUUUGGUUUCUUCUCCUUCCACAAACACUGACCCUUCUAUCGGAGCUAUACUCCUUGAUAAGACAUGCAGAGGCGCCCUAGUAAGAUGAAUAUUAUUAUAUUAUUCUCUGUUUUAUACAAUUGUCUAUGCUCAUUUUUCUAUAUAGAGUCAUUUAAAAGAAAAUUGUCAGGCAGCUCCCCUCACAUGUGAACAUUGUCAGUUAACGAAUAUACCUCGAAAGGAAAUGAGAAAGCAUCAGACUGAGGAAUGUGAAGAAAUCGACGUGGAAUGUGAUUAUAAAUCAAUUGGCUGCGACUAUACUAAGGUUAGUGUGUUAGUACACUGUAUUGGUUGAUUUCAGUAAGCCUGACAGGACAGCCAACUUCAAAAAUGUGUGGACAGUUAAAAUCAAAUUGACAAGACUAUUACAAGACUAGUAUCGGACUCGGAAAAAGUAUCGGACAUCGGUACCAUUGGUUCCAGAAAUUCGUUUGAAUUCCCAGAAAAUAUUUCGCCAAGAAAGAAAAAAAUUGUAAUAAUUUAGGUAAAAGGAGAAAUUCAGAGGAGAAUUCACAUCAUGACCUCAGAAAUGCAAUUAUAAGUGCAACCAUCUUAAUAUAGCGCGAUAGCGUGUAAAUGUAUUAGACUAUAGAAUGAUGUAACAAAUGCAUGUUGUAUGGCAAAUGCAUAUUUAGCCAAUCUGGGACACCUUGCAUGUUAUCUAAAUUAGUUUUAUGUUAUAUUUUAAGAUUCUCAGUGGACUAAACUAAUUUUUUUCUUUAAAAUAUAGCAUGACAUUCAGUUUGAAAACUUGUCAGUGUCAAAGAGUUACAGUGUCCGAGUAUCGAUUUACCUGAUUAUUUGCAAAAAAUUUCAAUGUUCUCUUGCAGUCCCAGAAAAUAAAAUAUUUUUUCCGCCCCCGUACAAGACAGUCAUCUAGCUAUUACAAGACUAUGACCAUUAGUUUUCGCUCUGAUAACUGCAGUUUAACUACCAUCUGUGGCACGGCAAUACAGUAGUGCUUAAUAGGGAAGCCUACCUAUCGUCCAACAAGUGGUGGUCAACUUGUAGUUAUUACAGAGUCAGAAAAUAAUGUUUAUUUAUUUUCAUAUAUGCAGAGAUAGAGUUACUGGAAGGGGUGUGCAUUUCUCCUUGCCUUUGCAAAGUGAAAGGCGCUGCCAAUUUCCUAUCAAUUUCCUUGAACUAUUUUUCGGAUUUAGAACGGCAGUUACAAACAAAAUGGGCACACAUCCUCCCGCCAUCCCGAACUGGCUGGGUCCAUGAUACUCUGGUUGCCAGAAAUUUUCGUAUCUUUCGGUGGGUCCAUGACUGCAUAUAUUAUGUUUAUUAGUUCUCGCAUUCAAAGAUGUAGCUCAAUUUUCUUGCUUUAAAAACUAAAUUGAACAUUUGUCUAAUGUAAACUAUGUUUUGUAUCUAUAAUACGACUUCAAUCUGUUAACGAUUUUGGUAACAUUAUUUAUUUAGGUGGGUAAAAGGAAAGAACUUGGCAAGCAUUACAAGGACGCAUCUCGUUUUCAUAUUCAGCUGUUAUUGAGGUUUAUCUUCGUACUGCAAGGCGAGAUGCAAAAGCUUGCUCCGAAGUUUGAGUGUUUUGCCACCAAACAGUUGGUUUUGGAUGAAGUUAACCGAAUAAAAGAUGCAAUAUCGGCCGAAAUUAAAACCAUGGAAAAUAAAUUCUCGACAAUGAUGGCAACUAUAAACGGUUUAAUAAGAAGAUUGGAAAACGUGGAUUUAAAUGAAGCAAGUAAAUCUAAUGAUUCAGGAAGUAACGCUGAAAUGAGACGAGUUGAGGUGAGAAUGGGGAAGGAAAUAGAACAGUUGCAAGCAAAAAAUAGCAGGCUUGAAACACAACAGAGGGAAGCAAUGGAGGCGAUGGAAAGAUACCAAAAUAAGAUGGAACAGAUUGAUCAAUCCGUUGCUGUUAUAACAGCCAGGUUUGCAGACCUCGAACCAAGAGAACCGUCUCAAACUAAAUUGAACUACAACGGUGUCUUACUUUGGAAGAUUGAAGGCUACCAGAGGAAGCGACAAGAUGCUAUUAAUGGAGUGAAAACUACCAUAUUUAGUACAUAUUUUUACACCAGUGAGUUUGGAUAUAAGAUGUGUGCUAAGCUAUAUAUGAAUGGAGAUGGAUUUGGAAAAGGGUCGCAUUUAUCUUUGUUUUUCGUUGUGAUGAAAGGCGACUACGACGCUCUCCAAACCUGGCCGUUGCAAAAGAAGAUCACGAUGAUGCUGUUGGAUCAAGCCAAUGGAGAUCAUAUGAUUGAUGCGUUUAAUUCAGAUCCUCAGAGUUCUUCGUUUCAACGCCCAAGAUCUGAUAUGAAUAUCGCUUCAGGUUCCCCUCUCUUUAUGCCUCUUGGUAGCUUGAAUAAUCGUCAAUACAUCAAUGAUGAUGUGAUGUUUAUUAAGAUUAUCGUCGACUGACAAAGUUAUAUGCCAGGUUAUAGUGUGCCACUGCAUGCACAUCCGCAAAACGUUAAAAUUGCGCGUGAGAGUCGUAUGUUUCAACGCUCCCGAAUUUUUCCUUGAAGCCUCCCAAAAGACUGUUUAUCUCAAAGAAAAUAAGUUGAAGAAAAAAAGAAAAAAUGAAAACCUUCGGGUUAAAAUAGCAGAAAUACUCGCCAUUUUAAAACAAAAAUUAGAAAACUUACUUAAAAUUGGUCACAAAACAACCCUCGAAAUUCGCCUUGGCACUCGGCAAUUGCCGAGGCAACUUACGAUUUUUCAUAGUUUGCCUCGGCAAAAAAUAUCAAGGCAAUUCCACGUCGAGAAACUUUAUUUUAUUUGUUUAGAAACUUUGUUUUAUCGACUGUCGCGUGAUUACCGUCAAGUUUAUUCUUUCACACAAUUUGUUGUUAAUUAUACCACUAACAUUUAAAAAAAUUUAAAUCAGGGAUUUGCAAAAUAACAACAAAUUGUCAAAUGCCAGAAUCUGCGCUCGUUAUAAUAUUCGUUUACAAUAAUUUCAUAUGUACUUUACUUUAAUUACAACUGCCGACGUGAAUGCCGAAGGGUGCCGAAGUAAUUGCCGAAGGAAUUUAAGGUGAUUUCAUUGCGUUCCUCGGCAAAAAAAUUGCCGAGACAAACUCGAACAUGAUCGAAAGACUUCGGCAAUUAUUUGCCGAGGCAAAAAUAGUUGAAUUUCGAGGGUUGCAAAAUUCCGAGAGCAUUUGAAACCAACUCAGACGAGGAAUGAGGGUCUUCCCGAAAUGCAACGCGCAAAUGAUACUAUUCAAGAUAUUUAUUCUAAACGCGCCGUUUGAUUAAAAACUGUUGGAAUAUAUAAUUUGUGAUUUUUGCUGUGAAGAUCUCGUUUUCUCAAAGGUAUGUUUUGAUAACUUUUUUGUUUGGCAUUUUAAUAAAAGAAGUUUUGAAUAAUUUUGUAUAUACAUCGCAUUUUACUUCUGUUAAAUUCCCAUUGUAUUUAUGCAUGUUUUGGGUCAAUGAACAUGACCUUCAAAGUGGCAUUGAAAUAUUCACGAGUAUAUUGUACUUUUUUACAAGGAAACUAAAUUAAAAUCUCAUUUUCAAACCGCGAUAACUCUUCGGUUUUAUGGAGUAAAUUCAUCUUUUAAGGUAUCACUAUAAAGAGUAAACAUUUCUGAAUUUACUCAUGUGAUUUUAUUUUAGUUUCCUUGUAAAAAAGUACAAUUUACUCCAGAAUAUUUCAAUACCACUUUGAACGUCAUGUUCAUUGACCCAAAACAUGCAUAAAUAUACAAUGGGAAUUUAACUUAUAAAGUAAAAUGCGAUAUAUAUAUAUAUAUACAAAAUUAGUCAAAAUUUCUUUUAUUAAAUUACUAAACAAAAAAGUUAUCAAAACAUGCCUUGGAGAAAACGAGAUCUUCACAGCAAAAAUCGCAAUAUAAAUCACCAGUUUUUAAUCUAACGUCGCGUUGAGAAUAAAUAUCUUGAAUAAUAAUGAGCCGCACUGAUUCGCGCGUUGCAUUUCGUGAAGACCCUCAUUCCUCCUCUGGAACCAACUGUUUAAUCUUCCGUUCGUUCUUGUCAUAUUUUAGCUAGUAAAAAAUUCCGAUUUGCAUUCAAAAAGUUGAAUUGUUUUAACGAACGUGAUUCGACAAUGCGGCGUGAUUUCCCAAACAUGUCCAAUACUGUCGCAUUCAACGACUCGUGAAAUUCGAAACUCGUGAUUUAGCGAUUAGUAGUUAACAUGCACAACUGAACGAAAACGAACGAAUAUUCAGUUAUGUUAAUAAAGAUAGCUUAUUUUAUAUGUCAAGAUUACAACUGAUUAAACAUGCAUAUAUCAAGGCAUAGGUUAUUGUUUAGCAAAUAGCUAUAAAUUGAAUCUUUGGAAUAUGUUUUUUGGUUUUAGGAUACAUGCAUACUUUUUGACAUUCUCUGCAUGAACAGUGAAUAGCGAUGCAAAUUGCACUUUUCAUCCUUGUCUUUAUGGAAAAUAUUAAAUGCAAGUAUACUUUAAUAAUUGCUUUAAGCCUUUCAACCGUAGUCACGAUGGACGAGUUAUAUGAGACUGCAACCGCUCCGCAAUUUUUAUCAGUUGUGCUUAAUCUUUUACUCUCGGUUUAUUUGUAUUUACUGAGUGAUAAUAUUGAAUAAUUGUUAGAGGAAGAAAGGUAUCUCAGCUUAAAUAACGAAGUAAACCAUGCAUGCAUUAAUUGUUAACCGCUAAUCUGUUACUUCAGCGUUUCUAUAAAUUAUUAUUCCCUGAAAUACUGGUGCCCAAGCGAACAUCCCAACUCCACCGAUAUUGAGGGAGUUUUGUAUCCUAAGUCUCUCAACGAAUUACAGCAAUGCCUGCCUGUCAAUGUGAACAUUUGUUUUGGAGUUUAACAUGGACAAGUGUUGAGUCCUUUCUAAAAUAUUGAAUAUUUGACAAUGGAUUUCGACAAUUUAUAAUUGUAUUGUCCUUGCGAGUAUAAGUCCGUUCGCUGUGUAACACCAGUCGCAAAUUCAUGAUGUGCUGUCAGCUGUCUCAACCAAUGAGAAUUAGCUCGUUUGUUACGUGGAUCGGUAUGUGAUUAUAAUAUUCGUUCAAUAUGAGACGAUAGUUCAUGAUGUGCUGUCUCUACCAAUGAGCAGGCCAGUUUCUAUAUGCAUUUAGUUUAAUGAGGCUAUACGUUCUUUUUCGUUGAGUCGUACAUAGUAAGACCUUCACGAUGUUCGUGCGACUCGUUAAAUUCGUGACAUUUUACGACUUAUAAUUAAUUGUCGCAUUCAACGACUCGUGAAAUUCGAAAGUCGUGAUUCACAACUUGUGCUUUAGCCAUUAGUAAGACCACAAAAUUCGUGCGACUCGUUAAACUAGUGAAAUUUCACGCCUCAAUCACGACUUACGAAUUUCACAAGUCGUUAAGUGCGACAGUAUUGGACAUCCAUCUGAUUGCUUGCAAAUAUAUUUCAUUUUUGCAAGAUUUUGUAAAUUUCAAAAGCGUUUUGAGAAAAAGGCGAAAGAAUUGCUAACAGCAUCAUUGAUAAGAGAACUAAAGAAGGAAGCAAAGGCGCUGAAUAUCGAUUAUCGAUGUAUUGUUUGCUUUAUAAUUGUUUUAAAAGCUGCAUGAUCGUUGCGUAUAUUUAAAAUGAAAAAAGACCGCAUAUAUAUAUAUAUAUAUAUAUAUAUAUAUAUAUAUAUAUAUAUAUCACAAGUUUUGUAACGUAUAGUGAAGAGAGUGCUCAAUACAUAAAAUUUUGUAGAGCGAAUGUAAUUACUAUUCUUACUUAAAAUGUUUUUUGUCUCUACUCCGAGUUUCACGCAUCACUGCGAUCAUCAGGAGACAUUGUUCUCAAAUUCCGUUUGAUUUUCGUUGUUUGAUGGCGUGACUGCGGGAAAUGUAGCGGGAAAUGUAGUCUGCGCGCGUGUAAGCAACAUCAACAAUCCUCGCGCGCGCGCGCAGUCACGCCAUCAAACAACGAAAAUCAAACGGUAUUUGAGAACAAUGUUUCCUGAUGAUCGC